GAAGUUCAGGGAAAUCUGGCUUCCUGACAUAAAGAGCCUAUAAAUUCUCCAGCCUCUGUAUCCUCGGGAUGGGCGGUCACUGCUUCUUAUCUCCCUAUAAAGGAGCUAAGGACCUGUUGCGCUCUAAUCGCCAAGCUGCAAAACCUGAAAGCGGACCAAACGUGGACUCCUAAAAGCACGUAACUGUGUCGCAGUUUGACUCUCACUCUCUCUGGACCGAUGGAUUUUAAAGAGUUUGGAGAUGACUCCUCCGAGGGACACACUGAGGAUCUGGACAGCGUGAAAGCGCUCACGGAGAAGCUGAACUUACAGACUCGCAGACCAUCCUAUCUGGAGUGGCAGGAGCGGGUACAGAGUCGACCGUGGAAGGAAAACUGUUCAGCAGGCAGUCCGGACUCUGGAGGGCAAGUCGUUUCCAUGCCUGCAAUUUUGCGAAAUGAGAACUCAGAGCUGGUUGUGCGCAACAUCUGUGGCUUUGACACUAUUGAUGAUGCUUUGGAGUUUCUGAGAAAAGAGCUAAGGGAGAUGCAGGUUCAGGACAACCGUCUGGCCCGUCAGCUGAUCCGUCUGCGUGGGGAGAUCCACCGUCUGAAGGUGGAGCAAGUGUGCGACCGCCACAAGGAGAUGCUGGACGACGCAAGUUACGAGCUGGAGGAGUGCGGAGAGGAGUCGGACCUGCUGUGUGACAUCCCCAUGAAGGCCACUUUCGCCCUGUCCACCCCUCUAAAACACCUGGGCCUCACCAAGAUGAACAUCAACUCCAGACGGUUCUCACUGUGUUAAAACCACAACUCUUCAUUAUAGUUACUGAGAAUGUUCCCAUCCCUUCCUCUGUGUUUGUGUAGGCAGAUUAUUAGGGUUAUUUCCUCCUCUGGAGGUGUUCUGAUGACAGAGUGAUGAGUGGCUGCCAGCUACUGGUGCCAUGGGUGAAAAUGAAAAUAACUCCUUUGAUGCACAAAGCAGCUCGAUAUGCAUGAGGAGGCCUCUGUGUACAGACCUGUAAGGGUACACGCCUUUAAUGCCAACACACCUUACUGCCGGACUGAGCCUAGGCUGCUCCACUGUUGCCUGUUCUUUGCACAGUGCAAUGUGAAAGUAGAUAGAUGAAGAUAGAGAGCUAGACUGAAAUAUAAAGGCAGAUAUGGGAUGGGCAUCAUGAUAAAUAACAUACACCAGGGUCACUUGGUGCUGCAGUAAUAAAGUUUCACAUGUGCCAAACAAGUGUAAAACUGGGGGGAGGCACACCCUGUAGCUGAAAGACUGUCAUGGAAAAAAAAGAAAAAGCUAAUUUAAGAGGCUACAAGCCAAAAAGUUUGGGAACAAAAAGUAUGAAGGUGGCAUGUGUGGUCCAAUCUGGUGCUGUCAGAUAAAGAAAGCAACAGUUCUCACUCUGUUACUUCAUUUAUAAGCAACAUAUUUCAGGUGCUGAGGCCUUCAUCAAGUGGGAGGUCACACUCCAGCAUUUUUAUACCUGUUCUUCACAAACCAAAAAUAUCUCUAUACGCUCACCACUGCAGUGACAGGACCCAGGACGCUAUGCAUGAUGCAUUUUAUUUUCCAUUACCAUGUCCAGAUGCUGCAGAGCACAGUGAGCUAUAUAUGGCUUGGCAGUGACAAAGUGUACUGAGCUACUCAGUGGGCAGUAUAGUGCAAGUUAAAUGGUUUAUCAUAUAACAAAUAAGAAGAAUAAAAUAUUUUUGAGUGAUAUUUUACAUGUCUAUAUUCUACAUGUAUUGACAUCCUUUUGUAAUAUGAAUGUAUAUACAUGAAAAGUGAGUAUAAAAGCAAAAUGCCUUAAAAGUAUAAACUGUUAUUCUCUUACACAUACAUCACAAUAUUAAAGACGCUUUACCAUGUC